AUGGACAACUCUGCCGCCUCCGCCUCCUCCCAGUCCCCCUCGGGGGCGCCUGAGACUCCUCCUCCUGCUGGCUCCAAGAGAUCACCAACGCGGUCUGGAUCCCCUCGCCGCCACGGGAUGGUGUUCAACGACGGCGAGGGAUGGGCUCGACUGAGAGCUCGCUUCUCUCAGGAGUCUCCUGUUCCUUCUCUCCCUCGCCUCUCGCCAGUCCGCUCCUUCACAAUGCCGUCUCGUCCUCUGGAUUCGAUAGAGGCAAGUGAAGAAAGGGGGAGCGAGGAUGGAGACGAGUUUGCGCCGCAGCCUGGGUUUGCUCAAUACCUUGUUGCGCCUUUGAAUAUUUGCAAGCAAAGGCUAGUAGCAUCCCCAAGCGAGGGCACCGUGACGGUAGCAAGGCUUGAGAACCUCGCUACCGAGCCUCAAGUGGGCAGCGGUGGAGCCACAAGUACCUCACCCCACCAGAUCACGCAUGUCGACCAGUUAGAAUAUCUGGGUUUGGGGGGUGGUGAAUCAGGCAGCGAGGCAGCCAAUGCUUCAGACGGCGGCUCGGUUCGCUCUUUUAAGAGCGUCUCGACUGUCAUCUUGAACGUCGGUUCCUCAAGCAGUCCAUCACCACCACUGGCAACGAUGCCGCACUUUCUCGAGUCUGCAUCGCCCGAGCGGCCAACUACUGGAGUGACGAGAAUCAAUGAGCGUGCGAGAUUGAUGGAUGGCCUGCAGAAGGCGCGUUUGUUGCUGGAGACUCUCGAUCCGGAGACGCAAGGAACCAAGAGAGUGCUUGCGAAGGCUUGGUGUCCGAUUGUCCUUCAGAAGCAGAUGCUGUUCUACGCAUUUCUCUGUGUCCACGACGAUGGCUUCGACCCGAAAAGUUGCAAGUAUAUGGUAAGUUCUGUCCUGAAUCUUCACUGUCGCGGCUUGGAUGCUGAUUGCUUUUGUAGGAAGAGGGCCAAUUCAAGCAGGAUCGGGACGAGGAGGCUCGCAACCUCCGCGCUGCAAUGCAUAGCCAAGAUUGUUUCAUUGCUGCGCUUGCACGAGGCGACCAAAGAUGUCUGAACGACAUCUGGGCAAGAAACGUUUGGAUCCCUAGAGAGCGCAAGUCGAUGAGAACGAUGUGGAACGAAGCUUGUGAGCGUGUAAGUUUCCCCUUUCACUCUAUCUACCACACAUCCCGUACUAACACACCACCAGGUCAAGAAAGCCCUCACCCAAAUGCCGGACGAGCAUGAAGACGAAGUAAGUAUUCCCCCUCUUUCCACAUUCACCGCAUCCUAACAACCUCCCAGUUCGAAGGCAAAGCAUCCACCCUCAUCGCCGAACUCGCCGCCAACUGCCAAAUCGUCGCGCGCGCAUGGGGAACCGCCAAGGUGCCUCUCGCGGAGCUCAGAAACGACGAGGCCCUCUUCGCACCAUACGCAGGACUCAUCUGGGACGCGGACGACGACUCGGACUCUGAGAGCGAGGAUGACGAGACGACCGUCCUUGCUACGGAACAAAACACCAGACCUGUCAUCGAAAAUGAGACUGAGAACCAACCAUUGAAUGUUCGCGCUGCUUCGAUGGAUUGGUCGGCUGUUACUACUGGGCUUUUGGAGGACCUUCAACUGGGAGAUGACGAGCACGAGCACUCGGGACGGAGAAGUGUGUGA